AUGGGGAAGGAUGAGGGCAUUCCGGUGAGAGUUGCUCUACGUUGCCGGCCGCUGGUCCCCAAGGAGCUUAAUGAAGGCUGUAAAACAUGCCUUACGUUUGUACCCGGAGAACCCCAGGUAAUUGUUGGCUCUGAGAAGUCAUUUACUUACGAUUACGUCUUUGAUCCAUCAACUGAGCAAGAAGAGGUCUAUAAAGCCGCUGUUGCUCCACUAAUUAAAGGCUUAUUUAAUGGAUACAAUGCUACCGUGGUUGCGUAUGGGCAAACAGGUUCCGGGAAGACAUACUCAAUGGGAGGUGCAUAUACUCAAGAUCAAGAAAAUGACCUGACCGUGGGAGUCAUUCCAAGGGUUGUCAAGGCACUCUUUCAGGAAAUUGACCAAAGAUCUGACUGGGAGUUCCUUCUUAAAGUUUCCUACUUGGAGAUCUAUAAUGAAGAAAUUCUUGAUCUAUUAGACCCUUCACGCGAUAAGGGUGCGCCAAUUAGCAUACGUGAAGACCCCAAAGAAGGGAUUAAGAUCUGUGGUUUGACUGAGCGGGAUGUAAAGACUGCCUUGGAUACGGUGUCUUGCCUGGAACAUGGAAACAGCUCUCGAACUGUGGCCUCCACGGCAAUGAACUCUCAGUCCUCUCGUUCGCAUGCCAUCUUCACCAUUUCUAUUGAUCAGCGGAAACAGGGAGACAAAAGUAGCAGUUUCCGUUCCAAGUUGCAUCUUGUGGACCUUGCAGGAUCUGAAAGGCAGAAGAAGACAAAAGCUGAAGGUGACCGUUUGAAGGAAGGUAUCAGCAUUAAUCGAGGCUUAUUGUGCCUUGGAAAUGUCAUCAGUGCCUUGGGAGAUGAAACUAAGAAAGGCAGCUUUGUGCCGUAUCGAGAUUCUAAGUUAACGCGUCUCUUACAAGAUUCACUUGGUGGGAACAGUCAUACGCUUAUGAUUGCAUGUGUCAGUCCUGCUGAUUCCAACAUGGAAGAGACCCUGAACACAUUGCGGUAUGCAGACAGAGCCAGAAAGAUUAAGAACAAACCCAUUGUGAACACCGAUCCACAGGCUAUAGAGCUUCAGCGCCUCAAGCAGCAGGUUCAAGAGUUGCAGGUCUUGUUGUUGCAGGCCCAUGGAGGAACUCUACCUGUCCUAACCGGCAUUGAGCCAUGUGAGAAUUUACAGUCCCUUAUGCAGAGGAACAAGGUUCUCGAGGAUGAGAACGGUAAACUGACCAGAGAACUAGGUAAUGCAGCAGAGCAAACCGCUCAGAUCCUGGAAAGAAUUAUUCUGACUGAACAUGAAAAUGAGAAGUUAACCAGUAGGAUGGACACGCUUAAGCAACAUGCAGCUUGUAAGGUAAAUCUUCAGAGAUUGGUGGAGGCUCUAGAAGACCAAGAGCUAAAGGAGAAUGUGGAGGUGGUCCGUGAUCUUCAACAAGUCAUUGUGCAGCUUCAGGAUGAAAGCUCUGGCAUCGCUGCUUCUAUUGAGUCGAUGGCUGAAGAGGUUGCUGGUCCUUCCGACUCAGAGGAGAAAGUGUCAAAUGGAGAAAAACGCUCGUCAGAUGGCUUCACUACUGACCAUGCCCUGAGACAGGCCCAGCUUUCCAAGGAGCUGAUAGAACUAAACAAAGCUCUGGCAUUAAAGGAAGCUUUAGCCAGGAAGAUGGUUCAGAAUGACAGCCAGCUAGAGCCAAUGCAGAAUGAAUACUUGAACAACAUUAAAACAUUGGAGUCAGAAGUCGGAGCAUUGCAGAAGGAAAAAGAGGAGCUGAUCCUUGCUCUCCACUCGGCCAAGAAAGAUGUCAAUCAGGCCAAGCUGAGUGAACGCAGACGAAAAAGGUUGCAGGAGCUGGAGGGGCAAAUGACUGAUCUUAAGAAAAAGCUGACUGAGCAGUCAAAGCUUCUGAAACUCAGAGAGACCACUGAGAAAACGGUUUCAAAACUUAACCACGAAAUUCAGGCAAUGAAAACCCAGCGUGUACAGCUCAUGCGGCAGAUGAAGGAGGAUGCUGAAAAGUUCCGUACCUGGAAGCAACAGAAAACUAAAGAAGUCAUUCAGCUUAAGGAGAAGGACCGCAAAAGGCAAUAUGAGCUGCUGAAGUUGGAACGAGACUUCCAGAAGCAGGCCAAUGUACUCCGAAGGAAAACUGAAGAGGCUUCUACUGCUAACAAGCGUCUGAAGGAAGCUCUGUUGAGACAGAGAGAAGCCAUGGACAGGCGGAAAGAUGCACAACACAAAGGCAUGGAAGGGGCAGCGGUUAGAAUAAAGAACUGGUUGGCCAACGAGGUUGAAGUCUUGGUGAGCACAGAAGAAGCUCAAAGGCAUCUCAAUGACCUGCUGGAGGACAGGAAGAUAUUGUCUCAAGAUAUAGCACAACUUAAGCAAAAGAAGGAUACAGGAGAGUGCCUCCCUUCCAAGAUCAGGAGACGUACCUACACUGUGGCAGAGCUGGAGAGCAUGGGACAAGAAGCCUCUGUCACUAAACAGAUUGAGAGUCUAGAGACGGAAAUGGAGCUUAGGAGUGCCCAGAUUGCGGACCUGCAGCAGAAGCUGUUGGAUGCGGAUGGAGAGGAAGAUAGGGCCAAACAGAGAUGGGAAACGAUUGCUAACAUCAUGGAGGCAAAGUGUGCACUCAAGUACUUAAUGGGAGAACUUGUCUCUUCUAAAGUACAAAUCAGCAAACUGGAGAGCAGCUUGAAACAGAAUAAAGCACACACUGCGGAUCUACAGAAAACUCUGUUUGAGGAGAGAAAUCAAAUGGCGGAGAUGGAGACUGAACAUCAGAGCCAACUUGUGCAGCUAGAGCAGCAACACCAAGAGAAGAUUCUGUACUUGCUGAGUCAGCUACAGCAGAAGCAAACUACACCUGCUGAGCAGGCCGGAGAAACCGAGAGGGAGAAGCAACUGAUGGAGAGGUUGAAGUUCCAGGAUGAAGAAAUUGAAAAAAUGAAGGAGCUAUGUGAAAAGAACCAACAGCUUCUUCAGGAAAAUGACAUGUACAAACAGAAAUUAGCCCUUCUCCAGGUUGCAAGCGGAAAGAAACUGUAUAACAUUAUGCCAGAAAAAACGGAGACCUGUCCAGAUUCGCCAUUUGACUUCAUCCCUCCAAAGCCAAGAGGCAAGCGGCGCACAAAAACCGCCACUGUGAUCUUAGAGGACCUGUUGUCUGAGUCUGAGGAGUCAGAGGAAGAAACAAAUGAUAAAAAUUGGAAGCCUGGUAACAAUGGGAAACAAGCAAAGAAAUCGUCCUCUGGGUGUUCCUGUAAGGCACGGUGUGGAAACAAAAUGUGUCGCUGCAGAAAAACAAAGCAGAACUGUUCCGAGGACUGCUACUGUGACCCUUCGAAAUGCCGCAACCGAGAAAACAUCUUGGAUGACGUUAAUGGAGACGACCAAUCGCAGGAGUCUGAGAGUUCAAUGAAAAUAAGUUUCCCAGCAGAUGUGACAGCUGGGGGCUCUUUCUUCACCCCUCCAUGUGUCACACCCACCAAGAAGGUGCUUCGCGAGAUCGGCGAUAUUGGUCAAGUGCUUUCCAUCAGACUUCAGCGCAAACCAAGCACCGCUUCUGGCCAGACACUUACUUCAGAUUCACAAGAGAAUCAAACCUCUAUAUUAAAAAAGAAAAAGAAAGCUCUGUGCAACAGCAACGCAAGCUUCUUCUCUGGAUCCUCGCCAGCCACAGAAAACGAGUGAAUUUUUGGACAGAGCGUUAAAUCAUCUUCAUUCUUAGUGUUAGUCCCUAAAGAAUGGCAAGUCGAUAACCUUGAAUAGAACACUUGAAGAAACGACUAAUUGUAAAUAUUUAUGUGUGUGUCUGAAGGGAGUUUCGAUGUCAGGUUCUUCGGUUUAAUUUAAUCAAGUUUUUUUUUUUCAAAUUUAACACCUCGCCUGUGGUCUGUUUUUUGUGUUUAAUUGUUUUAUCCCAUUAGAUGCCUGCAAUGUACUGCCAUUAAACACAGGCAAAUAAAUUUAGUGUAAUUUAUCAGCAAAAUGAACUAUGAAGUCUUCAGCUAAUCCAUCCCCGUGAAACCUGUACGCAGUCUUUACGAAUGAGCUCUAUAGAGCAGUGACUAUUUGCUCCCUAUGUCUGUUUUUGUAUUAUCUGUUCCUAAAUCCUCGUAAAUAUAGAGAAUAACCUCUAGGCUAGAUGACCCAGUGAUAUGUAUGAUAGGAAAACACAUCUUCAGGUUUUUUUUUUUUUUAACCUUAUGUCUGUCCUUUUUGUAGUUUCCAUGGGAAACAUAUUUUUUAGGUUUAUUAAAAAUAAAACAUGCCAAUGUUUCA